AUGAACCUAAAGAACUUCAUACUGGAUUUAAGAGAAAACAUGAACAUUAAAAAGUUACAACGAAUAGCAUCAAUAUUGCAAGGUAAGACACUAAAUGGCUACGAGUCCCCACGCUGCUCUCAUUUCAAUUCAAAUUAGAUUUAUUCAUUUAUUUCUCAAAGUGAUACUGAGGUGAAUAUGGUGCGAAGAUCGUUCCAACGGGAUUGGGUGGUGUUAGUCCAAUCGGAGCCUGCAGUUUUCGUAAGAGCGUCAGAAAAACGCGUUCUUGGUCUUCUGAGUGGUCUUGCAGUAGUAGGGCACCAAAGGAAAAGUCAGUUUUCCCAUCUGUCCGGAUUUAAUAACGCUGCUCUAUCAUUAUUUAUUAGGGUAAAUCAAAAGUCUCGAGACACUUUUAGUUGAAAACAUUUCAAUUUUCAGACUUCCCUGAUGCUACUAUCGAUCUCGACUGUAGUCCUGACUUUUUACAAUGGAAAGUUUUGGCAGAAAUGUUGAGAUAUCAACGAAUUAAUUUAACUGUGUGGCACUAUCGACAAAUUUACUUUUUUAGUUACUGGAAGGUUGACAAGGUAUUGUACAGACGUCAUUGGACUGAGAAUAAGCACAAUAUCUGUAAGUGUUACCAUGUCAAAAGUGGAGCCCAUAUUCAGAAGAGCGAAGGGGAUGGCAGAGGAUAGAACCCAUAAAAAUUUUCGUAUUUUUUUUCAAAACAUUGUUUGAUGUUCCCCUUACACGUCGGUACACAGGUGCAGUAGAGACAUUUUACACAAUGCGGUAAAAGAUAUAUACAAUAUAUAAAAGCGAGAAGUGUAGUAUUAUUAUAUCCUUUAACCUCGUAGAAAUCCUAUCUUUCUUCACAAAAAAAUCCUCUCCCCAUCCACAAAACGACAACACCCCGCGUUUACAGAGAAUAUUCAACUUUGUGAUCAUAGUUAAGAUAACAUGCAUUAUAUGACAUUCUUGCAGAUCCGAAAGCGUUGGCUGAGAUUCAGAUGAAACACCUUUCUUGUCCAAUAGACGUUUUACUCCCGUUUGUACAAAAUGAUCUACAACAUGAAACCAUCGAGGAACUUGAGGUCCGGUGGCUUCUUAAAGAAAAUAAAAUUCAAGAAUUUUUAUCGUUUUGUGCCAACUACAAUAACGGUUUUCCGAAUCUGAAAAAUUUUGUUAUUUUUGAACAUUGCUAUGGUAAGUAGCUUUUAAAAUAACUAUUAUAGCUUUGUGGCUUUAAAAAGUCGGCCAAUGCUCGCUUUGAGAAGAGCACAGAAUUUUGCUAG